AUUUUGGCAGCCAUAUUGUAUUGUAAUAAACUUGGCGCUAUCGUACGCUGUUUUCGUUCCUAAUAAUUUUCCAAGUAAUGUCUGAUUUCUUGUACAUUUGUUUGUUUUAAUGUGAUCUAUUGUAUUUGAAGUCAGUGAUUUAGAUAUUAAAUAAGUUACAAUGGAUCCCGCUAAAAUGAAAGUGGUUGAUCUGAGAUCGGAGCUUGGCGCACUUGGUUUGGAUACCAAAGGCAACAAGCCGGCUUUGGUUGAAAGGUUAAAGAAGGCCCUAGAAGCAAAAACUGGAAAAAAUAUUCCAGAUACAUCUAUUCUAGACACAUCUACAGAGGAUUCGGAUGAGGUGGCUACACCUCGAAAACCAGGAUUAAGGACUACUAGACGUAGUUCUUCAUCAAGGCUUACAGGCAGCACUCCUGCAAAGGUUGCAAGACAAGAGCCACCUGAAGUUAUACCAGAAAAAGAAGAGAAAGAGGCAUCCCCUCCACCUAAGGAAAGUCCUCCGCAGGCAAAACCAAUUGCUAAAUCUCCUGAACCUGAGAAACAACCUGAACCAGAGACUAUGGAACAGGAUGACAACAGUCAAUCAUCGACUCCAUCAAAGGAAGAAGAUUCUGAACCAGCUGAAUCUAUGGACGUUGAUCAGAAACAGGAACCUAAAAUUGAUGAUCAUAAAGGUGAUGGUGAAGAAGAUGAAAGUGUUAAAAAGGAGCAAGCAGAAAACGAGGACAGAAAAGAUACGGACAAAAGAGAUGCGGACAGAAAAGAUGAGGACAGUAAAGAUAAGGAUGUAAGAGAUGAUGACAGAGAAGAUAAGGGUAGAAGAGAUUAUGACAGAGAAGAGAAGGGUAGAAGAGAUGAUGACAGAGAAGUUAAGAGUAGAAGAGAUGAUGACAGAGGAGAGAAGGGUAGAAGAGUUGAUGACAGAGAAGUUAAAGGCAGAAGAGAUGACGACAGAGAAGUUAAGGGUAGAAGAGAUGGUGACAGAGAAGUUAAGGGUAGAAGAGUUGAUGACAGAGGAGAUAAGGAUAGAAGAGAUGAUGACAGAGGAGAUAGGGAUAGAAGAGAUGAUGACAGAGGAGAUAGAGAUAGAGAUGAAGACAGAGAAGAUUCUGAUAGAAGAGAUUCGGAUAGAGAGAGACGAGAAAUGGAGAUAACUGAAGAAGAAGAAUGGGACUUGCUCAAUGAGAAGCUGAUCGUCAAGGAGAAAGAACGGAUUGAGCGAGAGAAGAAACAGCAAGAGGAAGAUGCGAAGAGAUUUGAGGAGCUGAGUGAGGAUCCGAUUAAGCUUCAGCGUUUGAAACGAAAAUUUGAAAGAAAAGCACGUUGGAGCAACUACUAUAGAACGAUUGAAGCUACCAAUGAAAUAUUGACCCCACCUGUUGAGCCUGUUCCCAUGCUGCAAAAGAAGGAAGUGGAGGAGCCUGAAAAACCCGUUGAACCCGAACUUAACGAUAAUAAAGUUACUCUAUCUUGGUAUGACAGCGACCUUAACCAAUACAUGGAUCUGCCUGAGCUGAACUCGGUGGUGGCGUUGAGCGAAGGCGCGUUCGCCUACGCAUGGGCAGGCGUCCGCGCCACGCACGGAGUACAGGAUCAACGUGUUUGCUUCGAGGUACGCGUUGGUUCAGUGGUGACUACCAACGAGGUGGCAGACAAGGAGACAAUGCCUAUCAACGGGUUGAGAAUCGGUUGGUCAACUGACGACUCUAAUUUACAUCUCGGUGAUGGCGAAUUCAGUUAUGGCUACGAAAGUACCGGUCGCUUCUUUAACGCUGGCGAAUUUAAAGAGUACGGGAAAACGUUCACCGAAAAGGACGUCAUCGGGGCCUAUGUCGAUCUUCAAUCAAACCCGUGUAAGAUAUUCUACACUUUGAACGGCGUAGAGCUCGGCAAUGCGUUUGAGUUCGAUAAAGAGAAGUUGGGCGGUAGAGCGCUUUUCCCGCACGUACUCACUAAGAACAUGUGCUAUAAAGUCAACAUGGGAUAUGAAAGAUAUAACCUUCUAACUCGUACUAAAAUAGUGCGCAAACGCAUCGAGAUACCGAUCGCUGAGGUGUUAGAAGAAAGGAGAAAAAAGGAGGAAGAAAUCAAAAAGAAGAAGGAAGAACAAAUUAAAAAGAGACAGGAAAGGCAAAGGAAAAGGCGAGAGGAUAGAGAGAAAACGGAACGCGAAAAAAAAGAGAAAGAGGCGUCAGAAAAGAAAAAUGAAGAAGCGAAACCUGAUGUAGCUAUGGAAACAGAUGCGGAUGGAAAAGAGAUGGAGGAAGACAAGAAAGAAGAGACCAAGGAUGAAUCUAUGGAGAAUGGUGAGAGACCAGAAGAAGUCCCAGUAGAAGUGAAAACAGAGCCCAAAGAUGACGCUAAAGACUGGGAGAGUAAAGAAGAAUCAGGUGAGGCCGAAGAGAUUUCAGAAGAGCAAGCGUUGGCUGGUGCCACUUUGGACAAGAGAGUCAAGUUUGUCUUUAGACACACAGUGGAAGAGGAAUUAGACGGCGCAGAAGCCUGCCUCGUCCCUGGCUACGUGCUCCUCGCCCAGGCAGAACUCGUGGAGGGACCCAGACGACCCGACUCCAUCGCGGAAUGCGAGGUUAUCCUAAUGGUGGGCAUGCCCGGCUCCGGCAAGACCUACUGGGCCAGGAAACACUGCGAAGAGAACCCUGACAAGAGAUACAACAUCCUCUCCACCGGAACUCUCUUCGAUAAGAUGAAGGUGGACUGUAAGCCCUUCCGCACGAGCUACGAAGGUCGCUGGGACGCCAUGGUGUCCAAGUGCGCCAAGUGCGUCCUUAAGUUGUUGGAGAUGGCGAAGGGCCGUCGCCGAAACUUUAUCUUGGAUCAGACGAACGUAUACCCGUCGGCCCAACGUCGCAAGUUGAGGGAAUUCGAGGGUUAUAGAAGAGUCGCGGUGGUCAUCGUCCCCGAAGCCUCUGUCCUCGCGGAGAGACAGGCCUCCAGAGAAACCACGGACGGCAAGGAGGUGCCCGAUCCUGCCGUCAUCGACAUGAAAGCGAACUUCACGUUGCCCGAGAAGGGCACGUUCGUAGACGACGUCAUAUAUGCGGAGCUGGACGAAGAGGGGGCCAAGAAGGUGAUAGAAGAGUACCUCAAGGAGGCGAAGGCGGCCGGCGUCGUCAAGGAGAGAGAAAAGAGAGAGAGGUCUGCCGCCCGAGAGACGCAGUCGGCGAGACCGCGUUCAAACGACAGAAGAAGAGACAGGGGGGACGACAAGAGACGGGACGGUGGACGAGAAAGAACAGACCGUUGGAGUAGUGGUGGCAGCCGUUGGGGACCAGGCGCAGGAAUGGGAGGAGGACCCCCGGGAGGCAUGGGCGGCAGAGGCGGUGGACGCUGGGGUCCUCCCGGAGGAGGCCCACGCGACAGAAAUUGGCCCCAACCACGAAACGACUUCGGUCGCGAGCGUGAUUUCCGCGGUCGAGGCCCGGGCGGCCCACCGGGGCCGAUGGGCGGAAUGGGCCAUAUGGGUCCAGGUGGUCCCCGCCAGGACCGUGGGCCCCGGGGUCCCAUGGACAGAGGCUUUGGGCGAGAUCGCUCACAGAACAACAGACCGCCCCCGAACCAACAGGACAAGAGACCUGGCCCCGGAGGUCCUGGUGGUCCCGGUGGUCCUGGAGGUCCCGGCGGUCCAGGCGGUCCCGGCGCACUCGUCGGACCCACUGGUCCUCCUGGCCCCGGACCUGUGGGCGCAUCUAACAGCGGCCCAUCAGGGUCCUGGCAGCGCGGUUCGGCCCCGAACCAGCGAGGGACCAACAGACCUGCGCAGAGUAGGCCCAAUCCCAACAACCAGAAUCAGAAGGACUCUGGCAACAAUCAAAUGGCGAAUCAGAAUCAGUCACAGAACCAGCAAGCGUGGAAUCAGUGGAGCGGUGCUUGGGGUGGCUGGGGGGGAGGCAAUAAUUGGGGCAAUCAGAACCAAGGUUGGGGCAAUUGGGGUAACUGGGGCUGGGGCAACAACCAGCCGAACAACGCCGGCGGGCAGCAGGGCAACGCGGGCAAGGGCGGCGGCCAGAACAACGCGCAGGGUCAGAACUCGCAGUGGGGCGGCUACACGGCCCAGCAGUGGUACCAGUGGCAGCAGUGGCAACAGCAACAGCAGGGCUGGCCGGGGCAAUACAACACUGGUGGUCAGACAGGCUCAGGUGGCAACCAGCAAGGUGCAACGGCGGCUGAUCAGGCGCAGGCGUGGGCACAGUAUUACCAGAGUUAUGGCGCGGGUAACGCAGCGGGCAACAACACAUCCGCGACGGGGGCGAUUGACAAUAAAAAGUAGAUUUAUUUAAAUGAAACGUUUACGUACCAAAAACGGGCAGACGACGCAUGAUUGAAUCAAUUUUAAAGAGAUUUCUCAGUUUUAUGCACUGCACAUAGAAUUAAAUAUUGUCUGGCUGUCAUUUAGAAUUUCUCACGUGUUUUGAGCAUUUUUGUUAUUCACAAAUAUUUGUUUUAAAUAAAAAUUCUACGUUUAAGUUAUCCAUAGGCACUUGUUUAUGGAUAAUUGAAUUUUUUUGUUGUGUAAAUAUUUUUGUCUCCAAACUUAAAUACUGCUUAUUUCUUCUGGCUAUAUUUACAUUUUGUUUGCAUAGGUCCCAAAAUCGCGAUUAUAGAGAUAAGAUAGACAAUGAUUUCUCUACUGAAAUUGUCUAUGAAAAUCAAAAAGGUCGAAAGUGCCUUUGACGAAUUGUUCUGUAACAAAUUGACUCCAUUUUAUUUCGCAUUGAAUUUGAUUGUUUAAUGACUUCACUUUUCAUUAAUAAGUUAUCUAUUAAGCGGAAAACUAGUUUUAACAUUUAGCCUGCGUGGGUUCUCUGUAAUUUCACAUUUCUUGUACGCCAUGCCAAUUCUGCAUGUCUGCUACGGAUAUUGAAAAAAAAAAUG